AUGCAGAGUGCAGCGGCCUUGUUGCUGCUCGCUGCAUUCAGCGUAGCGCUGUGCGGUGGUGUGGCGGUUGUUGCUGGUGAUGGCGCCAAUGCUGUGCAACAACCACCAGCAACCAGUCAAUCCAACCUCAUCUUUCGCAUGUGCUUCUUGAACGGUGGUGUCAAGAACCACACCACCACUUUGACGGUUGACGUCACCCUGAUCUCCAUCCAGAGCGGCCACCAGUUCAAGUUGUUUUCAGGGAUCCUGGCGCAAGGCUGCUCCAACUAUGCCACAGACCCAGCCCUGUUCCAGGGCGCUUUCUUUGUGCAGGCGGUCGACACAAAAGACAGAUCCCACCUCCUCUUCAACCGCACAGAGGACCUGGCUGCAAAAGGCGUGUCCCGGUUCACGCUGUGGUACGACAUGCCAUCGGAUGCAGACUUCAUCUCCACGGAGCCUUCCUACGACAAACACCUGCUCAACUACGCCUAUGUCCGCGUCCUCUCGCUGUCAAAAACCGAUGAGGAGCAGGCCCCGCCCUUGCGCGUGCUCACACGCAACACCAACUGCCACCGCUGCAUCGACACUGUGCUCGCCGAGGCUGGGCCCUUCAUGUCCGCCACCCCGUAUCUGACGGUCCAAACCAACUUUCCACAGGAGCUGAGUGUGGCCAACUGCACCCCCACACCCGGCUGCACGCCAACCGUGAACAACACCUGCGCGUGCGUCGGCUACAACAACCAGACAUACCACUUUGGCGAGCGCGGCUUCUACACUCUCAUCGUGUCGUCAACAGCUGCAGGCGACAGCGCCGACAGCGCCCAACCACAUCUGCAGAUUGUGCGCGACGUUCGGGGCGAUGCCGAUCACGGACCGGAUGUCCGCCCGGUCUUCAUUGCCCUCGGCAUCAUUGUGGGCCUCUUUGUGCUGUGGUACGCGCCCCAGAACUGCUGCCCCCGCGUUGCGCGCGCGCUGUAUCCGCACACCAUGCUCAUGGAGCAGAAGGACGAGCAGAUGCUCCUGCUCAACACGCAGAAAUACACCCGCGAUCCCUUGCUGAGCAGCACGCACGCCAUUGGUAACCCGAAGCGCUCCAAGACGCGCCUGCAGUCGCUGGACUCGUUCCGUGGCAUGGCGCUCACCAUCAUGAUCUUCGUCAACUACGGCGGCGGCGACUACAACUUCUUCGAUCACAGCGUGUGGAACGGCCUGACGGUGGCGGAUCUCGUGUUUCCGUGGUUCAUCUGGAUCAUGGGCACGUCCAUGGCCAUCACCUUCAACUCGCUCUUCAAGCGCCACACCCCACUCCGCACCAUCCUGUACAAGGUUGCCCGCCGCACCCUCCUCCUCUUUGGCAUUGGCGUCAUCUUCAUCAACGUGGUGCACGACCUGCGCUUUGCGCGUGUGCCGGGCGUACUGCAGCGCUUUGCCAUCGCCUAUCUUGUUGUUGCGCUGGUGAUCAUAUUUGUGCCAAAGGCCGUCUCUCUCCUCCGCAACGUCGACGAGGUCACUCCGCUCAUCAGGCGCCUCACGCCGACCGUGCGCAACCCGGCGAGCGACCUCGAUCCCGGCGGCUGCGGCAUGCUGCGCCACCUCCCUGACGUCGCCCCGUACGUCGGCGAGUGGAUUGCCAUCAUCGUCCUCGUCGUCAUUCACACGUGCAUCACCUUCCUCCUCCCCGUGCCAGGCUGCCCGACAGGCUACAUUGGGCCUGGCGGCGCGCUUGCCGAAUUUGGACAGUUUGCACCGGCGAAUGGGUCCUGUGUGAACGGCACCUUCUGCUGCGAGGGCGGAGCUGCGGGGCACGUGGACAGGUGGCUGCUGUCAUGGAAGCACAUCUACGGAUCGCCAACGAGCCAGGAGACAUACCAGACGGGCGCAUAUGACCCCGAGGGCAUCCUAGGCUCCCUCACCUCCAUCCUCAUCUGCUACCUUGGCCUUCAGUCCGGCAAGAUCAUCGUGCACUACAAGGCGGCGCGCGCUCGCAGCGUCCGCUGGCUGGCGUGGGGGGUGCUGUGCUGCGCCAUUGCCACGGGCCUGUGCGGCGGCAGCAAGAAUGAUGGCGUGAUCCCCGUCAGCAAGAACCUGUGGAGCCUCAGCUUUGUGCUUCUCAUGAGCGGGUUUGGCUUCAUCUCCCUCACGGCGUUUUAUUGGCUCAUUGACAUCUGGCGCGUGUGGGACGGCGCCCCCUUCCGAUAUGUCGGUCUCAACUCCAUCUUCAUCUACGUGUUCCAUGAGACGUUCCAGGAGUACUUUCCGUUCUCGUGGGCAUGGACGGAUGGCGUGACGCACGGCAAGCUCAUGUUCAUGAACGUGUGUGCCGUCUCCAUCCUCAUCCUCAUCUGCUACUACUGCUUCAAGAUUGACUUUUUUGUCAAGAUUUGA